AUGGACCGAAGAAAACGUAGUCAUAGUCUUUUGGAAAAGGCUCUUAAAGAAUCGGGAAUCUCUUUUAAAACCAAGGACGAUUUACAGUCGGCCAGUAAAAAGUCUAAAGAAACUGACCCAGAGAAGCAGAAAGCACCUGGACGUAAAAGUCAGACUGUCACUGAGGAAAAGAAACAGACGAAUAAAAAAAAAUAUUGCAGACAACUAAAAUUUGAAGAGUCUAAUGAAACGCGUAAGUGCUCUUCAACUGCGCCUGUAAUAUCACGACGUAUUACUGAAGAUGAAGAGAACUAUGACCCUGAGGAAGUUUUCGCAGCUCUUACAGAUACCAUGCAGCAUAUCCACAGUACGGACUUACUUUCGAAUGACGAUGCAGCAUCAGGAGUUUCUCACAGUAUGGACAUAUCUGCGAUUAAUGAUACCGUUCGAGAUAAUUGGCAGGUUUAUCUCGAUCCUUCGCAGACUGGAACAACAAGUCCUCGCAGUAUGGACUUACCUUCGAAUGAUGAUUCAGCUCCAGGAGUCCCUCGCAAUAUGGACUUACCUUCGAUUGACGAUUCAGCUCCAGGAGUCCCUCGCAGUGUGGACUUACCUUCGAAUGAUGAUCCUGCUCCAGAAAUCCCUCGCAAUAUGGACUUACCUUCGAUUGACGAUCCAGCUCCAGGAGUCUCUCGCAGUGUGGACUUACCUUCGAAUGAUGAUCCUGCUCCAGAAGUCCCUCGCAAUAUGGACUUACCUUCGAUUGACGAUCCAGCUCCAGGAGUCUCUCGCAGUGUGGACUUACCUUCGAAUGAUGAUCCUGCUCCAGAAGUCCCUCGCAAUAUGGACUUACCUUCGAUUGACGAUCCAGCUCCAGGAGUCUCUCGCAGUGUGGACUUACCUUCGAAUGAUGAUCCUGCUCCAGAAGUCCCUCACAAUAUGGACUUGCCUUCGAUUGACGAUCCAGCUCCAGGAGUCUCUCGCAAUAAGGAGUUACCUCCAAAGGAUAAGGCUGCUCUAGGUGUAAGUACUCGUAAACGAAAAGCCAAAACAAGUAUCCGAUAUGUUGAUUACAUGUCUGAUGAAGAUUUUUCCACUUUAUUCUGUCUUGGUGAAGAGAAUGGCGCAGUUGAUUCUGACGAAUGGGUAGGAUCUGACACGUCAAACAGUGAUGAAGAAGAAGACCAGUCAAAUAAGAAAAAAACAGGAAAAAAUAAGAAAAAGAAGCGGAAAGAGUCAAGUAAGAAUAAAAACAGGGAAUUGCUUAAAAAUAAUACUGAAGAAAAUUUAGAUACAGAAAACGAGAACGUAGGAGAAAAAGGUUUAAAAAGAGUGAAGAAAAACACGAGAAAGGAAAGGGCUCUUUCGAAACAAACAGGAAAGGAAUACGUAAGAAAAGAUGGUCAAUUAGUGCCAGAAAAAUCAAUUCAACCUAAUCCAUGUAAGGGUAAGAAAUGUGGGAACAAUUGUGAAAACGUAACCGAAGAAAAAAGGCAACAAGUAUUUAAACAUUUUUGGACGCUUACCCCUGAACGCCGUAGAGACUGGUUGGUUGGCAUGACUGACAAAGGAAACGUUAAACGUAAACGUAGUAGUUCAGAAUUGCGCAGUUACACAUAUAAGUAUUGCAUUACUGAUGGUGAAGGAAAAAGAUCUGUAUGCUUACAGUUUUUGGCAGCAACAUUAGAUAUUUCACAAAAGUGUAUAUAUUACACGGUAAAAAAUGCUUCCUCGGGAAGUGCUAAAGAAGACUUGCGAGGAAAAUGUGAACCACACAACAAAACCAAACCUAGUACUAAAGAGUCUGCCGUCAAUUUCAUCAAAAGCCUACCAGCCGUCCCCUCACAUUAUUGCCGUCAUGAUUCUACCCGGGUUUACUUGCCGCAGGAAUACAAAAAUAUUGCACACGUAUACAGCGUUUACAAAGAACGCAACGUGAAAGCUGGCAUAGACAUAGUUAGUGAAAAGAUUUUCCGAAAAAUAUUUAGCGAAGAAUUUAAUAUAUCAUUUCAUGUCCCUAAAAAAGACAAGUGCCUGAAAUGUUUACAGUUGCAACAUGCAGAUCUCAGCGAUCCAAAAAAAAAGAAAGAAAAGAAAGAUCAUGAAACAGAGAAAGAAGAAAGUUUUAAUAGAUUUUCUACUCAUAAAUCUAUACACAAAACUGAUCCUUCCACAUUAUGUGCAAGCUUCGACUUGGAGAAGGUGUUGAAUACUCCACAUGGCGAGUCAAUGCUGCUUUAUUAUUCAAGAAAAAUAGCGGUAUAUAAUCUAUGUUUCUACGAAAACGGAACACGUAGAGUAACUUGCUAUUAUUGGGAUGAAAGCAACGGGAAAAGGGGUGCAAAUGAAAUCGCAAGUAUUCUUCACAGGUACAUAAAAUCUGUGGAUGAAAGAGAAAAUAUAAAACACCUUCUUCUAUACUGCGACUGUUGCCCUGGGCAGAAUAGAAAUCGCACUGUCCUAGCCAUGAUACAUUCUACUUUGCAGGAGUGUAAUAAUCUUCAGACGAUACAAAUUAAUUAUUUACUAACAGGACACACAUAUAUGCCUGUUGACAGUGUACACGCCGUUAUAGAGAACAACCUUAAAAAAACUAUAAUUCAUGCGCCUUCGCAAUGGUACACUGUAUUUGCUACGGCAAGAAAAGAAUCUUUUCCGUAUGAAGUUGAAGCAAUGACUUUUGAAAGUUUUAAUAGAUGGGACGUCGUUGGUGAUAAAUACUUCAAAGGGAAUUUGACUGGGAAAAUUAGCAAAGUUCGUGUCGUGACUGUCAAGAAAAAUAAGCCUUCCAUGAUUUCUAUCAAAGACUCCAUGAACGUUAAUGCAAAAUCGUAUAAUGUCGAAGUUCAAUCCAAAACCAAAGGUCCACUGAUGCCUUGCUACCGAUCACGACUGCCAAUCGCAGAGGCCAAAUAUAAUGAUCUCAUGAAACUUUGUAAAGAUAAAGUAAUACCUGCUCCAUUCCAUCACGAAUACUCCAUUAUCCCAAAGGCUACUAAUGCAAAAGAUACCUUGCCUGAAUCAGAUAUAGAAGAUGAUGAAUAA